GGUAUUUCAUAUACAUAAUAAAAAAGAUAAACAUAUAUCAUGGCUCAGGACAUGACUCUGCUGUGGGGCUCCGGCUCUGCUCCUUGCUGGCGGGUGAUGAUCGUCCUGGAGGAGAAGAAGCUGCAAGGUUACAACCAAAAACUGCUGUCCUUUGAAAACAUGGAACACAAAUCCCAGCAGGUGUUGGACAUGAAUCCUCGAGGACAGCUUCCCUCCUUCAAACACGGGAACAACAUCGUGAACGAGUCUUAUGCAGCCUGUUUUUACCUGGAGAGCCAGUUCAAGUCUCAGGGAAGCAAAUUGAUCCCAGACGGGCCGGCAGAGCAAGCACUGAUGUACCAACGCAUGUUUGAGGGUCUCGCGUUCUACGAAAAACUCAAUGCAGUUAUCUACUACAACUGGUUCAUCCCUGAGGACGAGCGUCAUGACUCGGCUCUGAAGAGAAACAAGGAAACCCUGACCACUGAGCUCCAACUCUGGGAGAGUUACCUGCAGAAGCUGGGCUCGGCCUCUCACCUGGCUGGAUCGUCCUUUUCACUGGCGGAUGUGUUGGUAUUUCCAACUGUUGCCAAUCUUUUCAGAUUUGGGCUUUCAGCAGAACGCUACCCUAAACUGGCAGAGUAUUACGCUCUGUUAAAGGACAGACCCAGCAUCAAGGCCAGCUGGCCUCCUCACUGGCUGGAGAACCCCAAGGGACAAGACACACUGAAAGACAUCUAAACACAGAAACUAACAAACCAUAACAACAUGUACAUGGUUUCAUUGAAAAAACAUCUGGUGGAAGUGUUUCUUUUUUUUCUUUGUCUUCCUGACUCGCAGAUUGAGAGGCAAGUUUAAAAAUAGUUUUUUUACAGGAGCACAGUGAUGUCAGAAUAGUUCCUGUUGACUCACUGCAAACACAAAGCUUUGUAACCUUGUAAACUGGUGCUGAAAUGAUUGCAUAAGCAAAACAAAUAUCAAAUAUGAAGGUGUUCCAAGUCUGAGAGUAAAUAGUAAAAAUGUUGGUGUUGUCUUUGAGGUCAUGGUUCCGAAAUGAGUUUGCUCUGCACACAUGCCCAGUGUUGUAAUGACUGCAUAAAUCAGUGUUAAUACUCCAUUCCCUCCAUUGUUUAGCAUCUCAUGUGUGAUUCUGCUGUACGCUCUUUAUGACACUUUAAUAAAAGAGGGUGAGCAUCGCUUUUACAGAA